AUGGCUGCUUCAAACCCGGAGCUGAUCCCGCUGAUCUAUCGCCACCUGAAGGAGCAUGGUUUCCACACGGCUGCAGAAGCGCUCCAAAAGCAGAGUAUUCAGAAUGAGACUCCCCCACCCGCUUCAUUGUUGGACAUCUACAGCUCAUGGUUAAAAACUUGUAAAAGAAAAAAAAAGUUGUCCUCAUCAACUCCAGGAAAGAAACCAGCAAAACCCAUAAAAGCAGCUGCAGAGAGGAAAAAUAAAGACAAAGCUGCUAAACAGCGGGGGUCUCCAAACAAAAAGUCUCCAACCAAAGAGAAAAAGGUGGAUGGAAAAGCAUCAGAAAAAAAAAUCAAAUCCAACAAGAAACAAGCGAAGAAGAAAAAGAGUGGAGAGGACUCUGACUCUGACAGCAGCCUGGACGUGGAGAAGUGGAAGAAACUCGUUGAACAGAUGACAGACGCUGACCUGGCUAAAGUUGAAGAGUUCAAUGCUCUGGCUGCUCCAAAACCCAAAAGGGUGAGAAAGUCUCGUGCUAAGCCAAAACCCAAAUCAGAAGACCAACCGAGUAAAACACCUGAAAAGUACACUGAGGACAUAGUGGCUCAAAAAACUUUAGAGAAUGUAGCGGAAGAUUCUAAUCCAAUCACAGAAGAAAUGGCCCCUAAAAAGAAGAAAAAGAAAAAAGACAAGAGCCGAGUAGAAUUGGACACUUUACCGCCAGAAGAUGUUAUUGCAGAGACGACACAAAGAACUGAGAAAAAGAAGAAGAAAAAAAAGCAGUGUCAUGUCAGUGAAGUACCAGAAGAACCUUCAGAUCCCCCAUCUACUCCACAGACGCCAGGCCCAAAGAAAAAGAAGCACAAGUUGCAACCAGAGGAGCUCACUGAGGCAGAUCCUUCUUCACCAACAGCAGAAAAUGAGACUCCAAAAAAGAAAAAGAAGAAAUCCACCAAGGGGCAGGGAACAGAAAGUUAA